CUGCCGGGUGUGUGUUAACAAACGAAAGAGAGGGAGUUCCAUGGAAAGGGAGCAGGUUUGAAGCUGCGCCCGGUCUCCUCGCAUUGGCUUAUCGAUUGUGUCUGUCGUCUCGGUAACCAGAGAUCCGACCCUGACUGACAAUUUAUCCGUGCGUAGGCAAAUGGGGAUGCAGGUUGGAUUAAACUCACAAAAGGGGUGUAUGGGGGUGUAAUGUUACAAUGUGUGCGGUGUGCAGAAGAGAAAAGAGUGCACCAAUCUGUGAAUAACUGGUUGGGGAAACAGAUCUUCUAUCACUUCCCCUGAAUAAAAAAAAACUCACCUCAUUCUAUCGUAAUUGCAAGGUUCAAAGCCCUGGUUGACUUAAAAAAAAACAUUUUUUUAGCCAACUGCACAACAAACAGUUGUCUGUGUGUGUGCAUUCAUUGAGCGUAGAGGGAUCGCAGCACUUCACAUCUAAAGAGAUAGAAUAUUGUAACAUGUCUGCUUCGCGCAUAGGACAAAUUUUACCAUCCAGAAGCGUGAGCGUUUUGAAAGGAGGAAAUGUAUGGUUUUUCGGCGGCGGGGCGCAAGACCCCGCGGGGUACCUCGUCUCUGGGGUCCGCUCAAUGCUGAUUCCCUCUCAGCUGUCACCUUUCCCCCCCCAGAAUAUAGCACGUUCAGGAGUCAGCGAACGGCGGCGUGGACUUGCCCAAGAGAAAAUGACCGAGAAUGGAGUGUUCUCCCGGGACAAGGUGUUGACCAUCGACACCAUGAACCCCACGGUGAAGAACGUGGAGUAUGCGGUGCGCGGACCCAUUGUACAGCGCGCCAUGCAGAUCGAGAAAGAGCUGAGAGAGGGAGUGAAGAAGCCUUUCACUGAGGUCAUCAAGGCCAACAUCGGUGACGCCCAUGCCAUGGGCCAGCAGCCAAUCACCUUCUUCCGACAGGUCUUGGCACUCUGCUCCUACCCGGAACUAUUGAAUGAAAACAUGUUUCCAGAGGAUGCCAAAAACAGAGCACGACGCAUUCUGCAGGCUUGUGGAGGCGGUAGUGUGGGUGCAUACAGUGCCAGCCAGGGAAUCGACUGUGUGCGGCAGGACGUGGCUCGCUACAUCGAGCGUCGGGACGGGGGUGUACCCUGUGACCCAGACAACGUCUACCUCACCACCGGCGCCAGCGACGGCAUCGUAACCAUGCUGAAACUAUUGGUGUGUGGUGAGGGUGCAUCGAGGACAGGGGUGAUGAUCUCCAUCCCUCAGUACCCUCUGUACUCGGCUGCCCUGGCUGAGCUGGGCGCUGUACAGGUCAACUACUACCUGAACGAGGAGAAGUGCUGGAGCAUGGACCUUAGUGAGCUAGAGAGCUCCCUAGCGGAGGCCAGGAAGCACUGCAACCCCAAAGCCCUCUGCAUCAUCAACCCUGGUAACCCCACUGGUCAGGUCCAGAGCAGACAGUGUAUUGAGGGCGUGAUCCGAUUCGCUGCUAAAGAGCGACUCUUCCUGAUGGCUGAUGAGGUGUACCAGGAUAAUGUGUAUGCGGAGGGUUGCCAGUUCCAUUCCUUUAAGAAGGUGCUUUUUGAGUUGGGACCAGAGUACUCUGACAAUGUAGAACUGGCGUCCUUCCACUCCACCUCCAAGUGCUACAUGGGAGAGUGUGGUUUCCGUGGGGGUUACAUGGAGGUGAUUAAUAUGGACGCGGAGGUGCAGGCCCAGCUCUCUAAGCUGGUGUCGGUCAGACUGUGUCCCCCCGUCCCUGGUCAGGCUCUGAUGGACCUGGUGGUCAACUCUCCCCAGCCUGGAGAACCUUCCCACAUCACCUUCAUGAAGGAGCGCACUGCCACCCUCAGUCUCCUGGCAGAGAAGGCUAAACUGACAGAGCAGAUUCUGAACACAGUACCUGGGAUCACCUGUAACCCUGUUCAGGGAGCCAUGUACUCAUUCCCUAACAUCAGCCUGCCAGAGAAAUCCAUCAAGGAAGCUAAGGCGCUUGGCCAGGCUCCAGACAUGUUCUACUGUAUGAAGCUGUUGGAGGAGACUGGCAUCUGUCUGGUCCCAGGAAGUGGCUUUGGACAGAAGGACGGCACCUACCACUUCAGGAUGACCAUUCUGCCGCCCACAGACAAGCUGAAGAUCUUACUAGCUAAAGUAAAAGAGUUCCACCAGAAAUUCACUCAGCAGUACUCUUAACUAUCUUCCUUAACUUCCUAACUUUCACCCAAUCAGAAGAGAAUAGCACACUGAACACUAUGCGCAGUCUACCAGCUAACCUAACAGAAUUUCUGUCACUAAGUGCCUACUGUGUUAGUGACUCUGUCGCCAGUCACCUUGAUCAUGCACUUUAGCCCCUUAGCCUACAAGAUUCCAAUAAAUGGUGGACUCCGACUGUACAUGUAAAACUGUAGUGAUUAUGAACACCCGGGAUAUUGGGAGAUGUCGUUUUUAGAAAUCAGGACAAGAGCUGUAGUUUUUUGGGACAUAUCAAAUUCAGUUCAAUCUGGCAUACUUGAUCAAAUGUAUAUUAAUUGUCAUCUCAGUUGUGUUUUUGUGUGUGUGCGUGCGUGUGUGUGGGAAAGAGGGUAUGUGUCCUUAUGUGUGUUUCAUGAUUACAAGUCAAGGCCAGUAUGAUGGUACAGUAGUGCUGUAUGAGAUGAAGAAACUGAAAGCACUAGUACAUUAUUUCCAAACUCUGUAGAAAUGAUUUUGUCAGUAUUGUAGACAAAGGCACAGAGAAGUAUUGUAUAUUAGAGAAGCUUUCACAAUGAUUUUAAAUUGAAAGAUGAUUUUAUUGUAUUGAAAAUCUCCAUCAUAUAGUCUUUUAUAAUCAUAGUUUCAGUUUGGCCCUUUUUUGUGUGUACAUUUUCACCAUCGUACAUUCUAUAUAGCAAACUAAUGGAAAAACCUGGACAAAGAAAAGACAGCAGGGAGAAGAAUUUUGAAUAGCAGGAGAAUGAAAUUCAAGGUUAUUAAAGUGAGAUUUAAAAAAAAAUGCAGUCAGGGAUUUUCUGAAUUAUGAAGACAACAGCCGUGCAUGACAAUUAUCAUGGAAGUGAGUGAGGAGGUUUCUGAACAAACACACACACACUCCCUUGGGAGAGGCUGUAAGUCCACUUGUCUGUCCCCUGCGGAGUCUGUCAGAUCUAGAGGAUAAAAGCACAUCAUGUUCCACAACUACCUACAUUACAUGGUACAUAACAACCACCGUACAAUACACCAGCCAGCACCACCUUACAACCAUACAUCCAACCCCUCCUCUCCAGCCGUACAGACAGCCCUCCUGAGCCCCCAUACCUACAGAGUGGGAAAGGGAGUUGGGUUGAGUCCAUUAAAACUCAAGCUUUUAGUCUGUAAAGAUUUUUCUCCCUCCUUCUCUCUACAGGGGCUGCCAGCCUUCAUUAUCCAUGACAAAGCACAGCCCCUUUCUUAAUUAACCACCUUUUAGUAUUUCUAUAUCCCUUACAAUCCCCCCUCACAGCCCUUACAAUCUCCCCUCACAGCCCUUACAAUCUCCCCUCACAGCCCUUACAUCUCCUCACAGCCCUUACAAUCUUUCCUCACAGCCCUUAAAACUCCUCUCACAGCCCUUACAAUCUCCCCUCACAGCCCUUACAAUCUCCCCUCACAGCCCUUACAUCUCCUCUCACAGCCCUUACAAUCUCCCCUCAGCCCUCACAUCUGCCCUUAUAAUCUCCCCUCACAGCCCUUACAAUCUCACCUCAGAGCCCUUACAUCUCCCUUCACAGCCCUUACAUCUCCCCUCACAGCCCUUACAUCUCCCCUCACAGCCCUUACAAUCUCCCCUCACAGCCCUUACAAUCUCCCCUCACAUCCCUUACAUCUCCCCUCACAGCCCCUCACAGUUCUCACUAAUUUAAUUGGGUGUGCUUGUUUUACACAGUCACCGUUCUACAUCUUCGUUCCCUGAGAGACAGCAAAAAUGUUAUCUCUUUGUCAUGAUAGUGGUAACUCCUCUUUCGGAUAAUAAUUCAGAUAUGAAUGAUUUUCAAGUGGGUGAAUAAGUGAUUGAAACAAUCAAGCCAACAAGAUUGAAACAAAUCAUUUGAGAGAGAGAGACUGAGGGGGACCAUCUGUCCAGAAAGCCUUUUCUCCGUGUCCAGCAGAUGUCCUGAUAUUGGAUGGUAUUUAGCUACAUGGUAUUAACUCACAAGUGGAGAAAUGGGGUGUCAACAACAUACUAGUACUAUUGUUCAAAUAUGACAAAUUCAGAUAAGGAUUGAUUCCCAGUGGAUUAUCUGACCAUUAUAUCUGACCAUAACCUACUUUGCCAUACUAUCUACAUGUAUAAUUUAGAAUAUUAACAUGUAAUAACCAUGUAAUAAUGUUAAUUUACAGAUGAACUUCAAAACAUUUUCACAACCACUACCAAACUAUUUUAUAUAGCAAUACAAAAUUACAGAAAUCUCUAUAUUGCAGGCUCAUGAACACAAGAAAACACAAGCUUAACUAGCAAUUGUCUCAUGAUGACACUGUAUCGGUUUCUCUGCCUCUACUACUACAGACCUGGCCCAAUCUAUGAUUUCCUCUCCUUUCACUGCAUGUUGUCAUUUUAGUGCAAUUAAAGCGGCGCUAAGAUAUGUGCUUCCUGUUGCAUUGUGGGAACUCAGAUCAACUGUUGGACCGAACACUCUCAUCUUCAAUCAGGGACUACAUUGUUUUCGUACAUGCUUAUUCAAGGUCAUGUGCGACAGAUGAUAGUGUAGUUUGCUAAGCGUGACUACUGUCAGAGCUGGGAUCAAACCAAAUGCAGACACCACUCAUGUUGCAAUCAGAGAGGGUGUGGUGGAGCGAUUACUGAACUGAACUGAAGUGUAAUGACUUGAAGAGUGAAUGAGAGGGGAAAGCAAUUAACUUCUGAUUGUGAUUUGUGUUUUUCCUGUAAUUGUUGUGUACUGUAUGUAUUAUUUGCCUCUCUCUCUCUCUCUCUCUCUCUCUCUCUCAAAACAUAGUAAACAAAAAUCUGGGACACUCAAAUUAGUAUGAUAUGUUACGUUUGGUAUGGCAUGUAUUAAUUUGUGGACGUCCAUGAUGUUACGAAUUACAAUUUGAAUGAUAUUUUACGAAUUGCAAUUCCUACGUUAUGUUGCAAAUUUGCUAUACGAAUGAUUAGAUAAGAAUUCUAAUUUGUUGUGGCUAACAUUAGCCAGGUGGCUAAUGCUAACGUUAGCUAGGUGGCUAAUGUUAAGGGUUAAGGUUAGGGUUAGGAGUUAACGGAAGGGUUAGCUAAUAUGCAAAGUAGCUAAAAAGUAGUUGAAAGGUUUCCAAUUAGUUGCUAGACGUUCGCGUUAUACCUCUACACAUCCACCACGACCAACCACACUUUUCUUAAGUAACCUUAUUGUCUUAUGUAACCACUUGCUGUUAUCCUCCUCUCCUUUCACACUCAUUCAUAAACCUCUACCAUCACACGUUAA